AUUAAAUAGAAAAUUAAUUUUUUCCCACCCACCCCGGAGCAGGGACGCAUGUGCUUGCCGUCACCGUGCCGCCUAGGAAGAAGAAGCGAGCGUCGCUUAUGCAAUCGCGUAGGGGAAUGGCCUGAGACGUUGUCGGCGUCAAUCGUCUCUCUCUGUCUCUACCUCUCUCGAUAUGGCAGUUGUCGAUCGAUCUUCUUUUUUUCACUCAAAUCCCAUAAACAAAAAAAAAAUUAUUCCCAAUCUCAAAUCAGAUCCAUCGAGAACUUUUAAAAAAGGAGCUUCCUCCAUCGAGAAACAAUAUCAUCGAUGACAAUAUGCAGCUGGAAACAGACCCGUUGGGUGGAGGACAAGCGAGGGAGGCGCUCGAUCUCGUCUUAGAUUAUGCCACCUCCUAAUCGCCUUCAAAAGCUUCCUUUCAGACAGGAGCUUCCUCUGUUUCAGGCUCCUUGUUUCCUCUUCAUCGCGACGCGAAACAGAGUAGCGGCGACGCUUGUCACCGCCACGGAUUCCUUGUGGUGUUCUAAAUCUGGUCUUGAGGAAAUCGAUGGAAGGCGGGAGUGCGAGAAUCGAGGUAAAGGGAGUGGCGGACGGCGGGAGCCGCUGUGAGGAUGUGGUGGUGGUGUUGGCGGCGGCGACAGAAGAUGUGAAAAAGGGGGAGAUGGAAGAAAGGUUGCGGCUGAGGGGAGGGAUAGAGAGAGUUAGGGAAAGAUGGACGAUACUUUGUUUUGUUUUUUUUUUACAUUUAUUUUUUAUUAAAAGUUUCCACAUCAGCUGUCAUGUCAACUGUUGGGGGUAUUACAAAGAAGGCCCAAAAAGGGUCCCGACAAAGCCCAAUGAGACAAGAGUGGGCUAUCUAGUAGGAGAAGCCAAUAAAUAGGCCCAUAGAACCUAUUCCAAGCAGGAUGGAAGGCACAUAAAGACAAAACACGAAAGGCUCCAAAGAAGUCCAGGUUGUCAAACGGUCCCCCACCUACAUGCGCCUGUCAGUCGUUAGAAGACUGACAAGGUGGUUGGGCCGUCUGACAAGAAUGAAGGUACAAAGCAUUAAAUGCGACACUGGCGU